AUGGACACACACCCCUACGCCAAAGAGCUACAGCUAGCCAGCCUCGCCGUCCAACGAGCCGCCCUCCUCACAAAACAGCUCCUCUCCGAAGUAGACAAAGGCUCCUUCGACAAAAAGGACGACACCCCCGUUACAAUCGCCGACUUCGCCGCCCAAGCCUCCAUCAUCGCCGCCAUCCACCACACCUUCCCCACGGACCAAAUUGUCGGCGAAGAAGACUCCACCGCCCUGCGCGAGAACCCCGCCCUCCUCGAACGGACCUGGGAGCUUGCUACAUCCGUACACCUCGAUGACGCAGCUAGCGAAGCACUCCUGCACACUCCUAGCACGCGCGACGAGCUCCUCGAGCUGAUCGAUCUCGGCGCAAAGGGCGCCUGUGGACCUGGGCGGGUAUGGACGCUUGACCCCGUCGACGGCACGGCGACGUUCAUACAGAACCAGCAGUAUGCGGUGUGUCUCUCGCUGGUGGAAGACGGAGUGCAGCGACUCGGUAUACUGGGGUGUCCGAACCUGAAGCUUGGCGAGGGGCCUGUCUCGGAGGAGACGGUUGAUCGGGACGGGUAUGGGCAACUUUUGACAGCUAUCGCGGGACAUGGGGCGUUCAUUGCGCCGCUAGGCACGGGUGCGCUGCAUGCUUGCCGGGCGCUGGAGAGGAUACCGGCUGUUGAGGAGGCGAGCGCGGUGCGAUUCGUGGAUACGCGAGAGGCGUCGUCGCAUAAUGUUGAGAUCCAUGCGCGGGUCGCGGCGCAGCUGGACUGCCCGUGGCCGAAUACCGUGGACUUGUGGUCGGCGCAGAUGCGGUAUGUUGCGAUUGCGGUGCAGGGUGGUUGCAAUGCGUUUGUCAAGGUACCGCGCCGGGAGAGCUAUCGGUCGAAGAUCUGGGAUCAUGCUGGCGGCAUGUUGUUGGUGCAGGAGCUGGGGUGUGUGGUUACGGAUUUGGAGGGACAGGAAGUUGAUUGUGGGCUUGGAAGGACGUUGGGUGGAUGUUAUGGAAUGGUUGUGGCUCAGGCUUCGAUACAUGGUCGGGUUUUGGAGGCUGUGAGGGCUGCUCGGCAGGUAUAG